AUUGCAGAGAAGCUUCAAAACACCCAUGACAACCAUCACAAAGACAACCCCUACAACACCAAACUGCACAGCACUCACCUUGAGAAGCACCCUUUGUUCAGCUUCUCGUCACUUUUGAACUCACUUCCCGCCGGUAGUUAACACAUUUGUGACGACCUCUGUCAUAGUAGCGUGGUUUCCAACCCGGUCACGCAGUCGAACCGUCACUUUAUUCCUCGAAUACCCCGGACGAUGUUCUUUUCUUCACCUCCGCUCGAUCUCCAGAGCCUAUUCUCCUUCUUCCCCCCAGCCGAUUGAGUCCAUCAAUCAUCUACCACUACCAUCAAAAAAGAACCCCCAACAGAACCCAAACCAAAACUAUGACCCAAACUCAACCCCAAACCCUCCUCCGGGUGGGAAUCCUCACCGCAGACGAAGGCGCCAAAGCCAUCCAAACCAUCUACCUUCCAGCCCUACGUGCCCUCCCGACCUUCUUCCAAGUGAAAGCCAUCUACGAUGGAACCAAACAGCCCGAGUCCUACGAAUACAUCAAAACCAACAGCGUCUGCAACGAGACCAACACCACCACCAAACUCAACGGCCAUGACCACGACACCCCCAUAACCAAAUCCCUCACCCCCGACAGCAUCCUCACCGACCCAACCAUCACCCUAGUCCUCAACUUCAUGCCCAACGAAUACCACGAGACCUACACCACUGCUGCCCUCGCCGCCGGCAAACACGUCAUGGUCGAAACCCCACUGAGCCUGAGCAUCCCCAGCGCAAAACGCAUCCUCGAGGCCGAGAAACGUUCCCCCAAUGGAGCCAAAGUCUUCGUGGCUUGUGCUCGUCGCUACGCACCCAGCAUCCAAUCCGUCUUUCUCCGCGAAGUGGCCAGUCUGGAUCGGAUCUACUACGCUCGGUGUAGGAAUAUCGCGGGUCCCAGCACCGCACAUACGGCUACUGCACCCAGGAAGAAAGUCUGGAGUGAAGUGAAUGGUCACCAUUACCACUAUCACCAGACGAAUAAGGAGAAUAAAGAGCCUACCCGGCCCCAACUGCUUCAUUCUCUUCUCGAUGAAGUCUUCCAUGGCCAAGAUCUAACCAAAGAGCGUAUCGCGCUAUGCGAGUUCCUCGCCUCAUUGGGAUGUCAUGAUCUUGGGCUGAUGCGGGAUACAUUGGGUUACCCAGAUGCUGUGUCGAGCAUUUCAGUGAAUGAACCGUACUACUCGGCUGUGUUUCAUUACUAUAGUGGUGGGAGAGGUGCACAUCCGUUCACGUUGAUGUAUGAGACGGGGACGGAUGCGGUGCCGAGGUGCGAUGCCCAUCUGGCUAUCUAUGGGGAUACGAAGACGGUGAGUGUGCAUUAUGGGUUGCCGUAUGGUCAGAAGCAGGGAGUGAAGGUUGUGGUUGAGACGGCGGAUGAGAAUGGGGAGAUGAAGAGGACGGAGACGGUGAGUGAAUGGGAGGAGAGUUAUGUGGAGGAGUUGAAGACCUUGCAUGCGUAUUUGACAGGCGAUGGGAAUGGGGUGGUGGCGGCGAGGACGACGGCUAGAGAUGCGAUGCAGGAUUUGAAACUGUUUCAGAUGAUCUUUGAACAGUAUGAUCGGCAGUGUGGCACUAUUCGGACUCCGUUGGGUUGAAUCACUCGGGAGGUUGCUUGAAGAGAAUAGGUGUCUAGGGAGGUACGGGGGAGGAGUUGAUUGGGCUUCAUUGCCAUAUUUUCAUGAGGUUAUAGGAGAGGACAGGACAGGAUGAGUUGGGUGAGGACAGUCUCAUGUAUCAUUUAUUAUGCAUGGCUCAGAUUGUUUCUCGAUGGAGAGGCCGUUCAUUCAUCUCAUCAGAUUAGCCCGACAUUCGAAUCUAAUUUCUACAUGCUUUGUGCAACAACAAACUUCCU